AUGGCGUGGUUAAGGUUGCAGCCUCUUACUUCUGCCUUCCUCCAUUUUGGGCUGAUUACCUUUGUGCUCUUCCUGAAUGGUCUUCGGGCAGAGGCUGGCGGCUCAGGGGAUGUGCCCAGCACAGGGCAGAACAAUGAGUCCUGUACGGGGUCAUCGGACUGCAAGGAGGGUGUCAUCCUGCCAAUCUGGUACCCGGAGAACCCUUCCCUCGGAGACAAGAUUGCCAGGGUCAUUGUCUAUUUUGUGGCCCUGAUAUACAUGUUUCUCGGGGUAUCCAUCAUUGCUGAUCGCUUCAUGGCAUCUAUUGAAGUCAUCACGUCUCAAGAGAGAGAGGUGACUAUCAAAAAGCCCAAUGGAGAGACCAGCACAACCACAAUUAGGGUCUGGAACGAAACUGUCUCCAAUCUGACCCUUAUGGCCCUGGGUUCCUCUGCUCCUGAGAUCCUCCUCUCUUUAAUUGAGGUGUGUGGUCAUGGGUUCAUUGCUGGUGAUCUGGGACCUUCUACCAUUGUAGGCAGCGCAGCCUUCAACAUGUUCAUUAUCAUUGGUAUCUGCGUCUACGUGAUCCCCGAUGGAGAGACUCGCAAGAUAAAGCACCUCCGAGUCUUCUUUGUCACUGCUGCUUGGAGCAUCUUUGCCUACAUCUGGCUCUAUAUGAUCCUGGCUGUCUUCUCUCCUGGUGUGGUCCAGGUUUGGGAAGGCCUCCUCACUCUCUUCUUCUUUCCAGUGUGUGUCCUUCUGGCCUGGGUGGCAGAUAAGCGACUGCUCUUCUACAAAUACAUGCACAAAAAGUACCGCACAGAUAAACACCGAGGAAUCAUCAUAGAGACAGAGGGUGACCACCCCAAGGGCAUCGAGAUGGAUGGGAAAAUGAUGAAUUCCCACUUCCUAGAUGGGCAUCUGGUGCCCCUGGAAGGGAAGGAAGUGGAUGAGUCCCGCAGGGAGAUGAUCCGGAUUCUCAAGGAUCUGAAGCAAAAACACCCAGAGAAGGACUUAGAUCAGCUGGUAGAGAUGGCCAAUUACUAUGCUCUCUCCCAUCAACAGAAGAGCCGUGCCUUCUACCGGAUCCAGGCCACCCGUAUGAUGACUGGUGCAGGCAAUAUCCUGAAGAAGCAUGCAGCAGAACAAGCCAAAAAGUCCUCUAGCAUGAGCGAGGUGCACACUGAUGAGCCAGAGGACUUUGUCUCCAAGGUCUUCUUUGACCCGUGCUCUUACCAGUGCCUGGAGAACUGUGGGGCUGUGCUCCUGACAGUGAUGAGGAAGGGGGGGGACAUGUCCAAGACCCUGUAUGUGGACUACAAAACAGAGGAUGGUUCUGCCAAUGCGGGGGCUGACUAUGAGUUCACAGAGGGCACUGUGGUUCUGAAGCCAGGAGAGACCCAGAAGGAGUUCUCUGUGGGCAUCAUUGAUGAUGACAUUUUUGAGGAGGAUGAACACUUCUUUGUGAGGUUGAGCAACGUCCGCAUAGAGGAGGAGCAGCCAGCGGAGGGGAUACCUCCCAGAGUACUCAAUAGUCUUCCCUUGCCUCAGGCUGUCCUGGUGUCCCCUUGUGUGGCCACAGUCACCAUCUUGGAUGAUGACCAUGCGGGCAUCUUCACUUUUGAAUGUGACACUAUUCAUGUCAGUGAAAGUAUUGGUGUCAUGGAGGUCAAGGUUCUGCGGACAUCAGGUGCCCGGGGCACAGUCAUCGUACCCUUUAGGACAGUAGAAGGGGCCGCCAAGGGUGGUGGUGAGGAUUUUGAAGACACAUAUGGGGAGAUGGAGUUCAAGAAUGAUGAAACUGUCAAGAUAAUUCACGUCAAGGUAAUUGAUCAUGAGGCAUAUGAGAAAAACAAGAAUUACUUCAUUGAGAUGAUGGGCCCCCGCAUGGUGGAUAUGAGUUUUCAGAAAGCGCUCCUGUUGUCUCCAGAGGUGACAGACAGGAAGCUGACUGUGGAGGAAGAGGAAGCCAAGAGGAUAGCAGAAAUGGGAAAGCCAAUAUUGGGUGAACACCCCAAACUAGAGGUCAUCAUCGAAGAGUCCUAUGAGUUCAAGACUACCGUGGACAAGCUGAUCAGGAAGACAAACCUGGCCUUGGUUGUGGGAACCCAUUCCUGGAGGGACCAGUUCAUGGAGGCCAUCACUGUCAGUGCAGCAGGGGACGAGGAUGAGGAUGAGUCAGGUGAGGAGAGGCUGCCCUCCUGCUUUGACUACGUCAUGCACUUCCUAACGGUCUUCUGGAAGGUGCUGUUUGCCUGCGUGCCCCCCACAGAGUACUGCCAUGGCUGGGCCUGCUUUGUCGUCUCCAUUCUCAUCAUCGGUAUGCUCACAGCCAUCAUCGGGGACCUGGCCUCCCACUUCGGCUGCACCAUUGGCCUCAAGGACUCGGUCACGGCUGUUGUUUUUGUGGCGUUUGGCACCUCUGUGCCAGAUACGUUUGCCAGCAAAGCAGCCGCCAUCCAGGACGUGUACGCAGAUGCCUCCAUUGGCAAUGUCACGGGCAGCAACGCCGUCAACGUCUUCCUGGGCAUUGGCCUGGCCUGGUCCGUGGCCGCCAUCUACUGGGCCCUGCAGGGACAGGAGUUCCACGUGUCAGCGGGCACGCUGGCCUUCUCUGUCACCCUCUUCACCAUCUUUGCGUUUGUGUGCAUCAGCGUGCUCUUGUACCGCCGGCGGCCCCACCUGGGCGGGGAGCUGGGCGGCCCUCGUGGCUGCAAGCUGGCCACGACCUGGCUCUUUGUGAUCCUGUGGCUUCUCUACAUACUCUUUGCCUCGCUGGAAGCCUACUGCUACAUCAAGGGGUUCUGA